ACUGAAACUGUUUGGAGCGUGGACAACGGUCAGUUCGUGACUCCUCAUCCCAAGGCUCCCGGAUUACAACGAUGCUGCUAGAACUAGCGCAUCCCAACUCGAAUUGCUUAUGCAGCGCUUCGAGGGACCAAAGUACUGAAGAAUUUUAGGCUAAAACAGGUUUUACGAGAACCAGAAUCGAGAAAGACCAGAUUACUGCGCGGCCAAAUUGGACACCCAGUUUAUUUAGAUCGUCCCGUACGCAAGGAAGAAGAACCAAAACUAGAACUGGAUACAGAGACGGCACACGACCACCACCUGGACGAUACAGAGUCGCGACGGCAUAAAACUCCACCACGGUCACCGUUCACUUUCUAGCUCACAAUCCGUUGACCAACCUGUCUGUCCGGGCUUCUCGCAGCAUCACCAUGUCGCCGGUAUUGACCGCCGUUGAAUCUGCUGACCACGGUGAAGCGACAUCAGCGCGUGUGUUACGCGGUCAUCCGUUACAAGCGGUCGUACACGAUGACCAGGCGACGACUGAUUCCUUUCCGUUAACCAGCGAAGCUACAAUCGGGUUUCGUGCACUGCGAGUGGAAUCCAGCACGAAACAGGUAAUCAGCGCAGUGGAUGCUGUUGCGCUGCAAUCUGUUCAAGUCCAGGGUAGCGUUGUCAAGGGAGUUACUCCUCCCCGACCGGCUGUGGAGACGGUGAAGAAGGCGGCCAUACCGGGCCGUUUUUCGUACUUCCCGGAAUGGCUGUGGGUGACCACUGCCACCGUAUCCGUCGGUGUUGUGUUCUUCUCCGCGGGUUUUGUGACCAUGCUGGUCCUGGAGAAGACGUGUCCUCAUCGGCGCAGACGCUCCGUGACUCACGGUACAGUAGCGCCUUCAUCCACUGUUAAUUCGACCACAGUGAGCAGGGGGAAAGCGGCGCAAAACUAAAAACCAAAAAUUGGCAUCGUGUCCUCCAUGCUACGCCAGCUGUCUGCUGUCGGCCUUUUGACUCCAGCUCCCUCCUCGCCGAUCUGGCCUUGAUUAUCCAGCAGCGUUACAUUCGCACUGUGCAACCCCAGGCUGAUUUCCAGUUAAUAAUGAUAAUUGAAUUCACAUUUUUUUGUCUGAUCUUUUGUUUUUACAAUUGAGAUAAAGUUGAAACUA